GCAGGGUCGAGUUGGGAGGGGGUGCAAGUAGGAAGCCGCUGGUACCGCAGCCAGGGCUCCCGCCUCCCCCCACCUGUACGAGGCUGGGCCUGCUGGGCCAGUGCUCAGCAUCCCACCCCUCUGCUGAUUGGGGUUACUCUUCUCCGCGGGUCCCCGGGGUCAAGAGGCCUGGAGCGCCCGCGGAACGCACUGGAGUAGCCGGGCCGUGAGCUGCAGGCCGGGUCCCCAGGGGCCCCCGACUCCUAGACGCCUUUCUAGGCCCCGGGCAGCCCGGCGACUAGGAGGUUGCGGAGGAGAGGACACCGGAUCCGGGGGCGCGCGACGCGUGAUUAGGCUAAGCAAUGGCAUUUCAAAAGGCAGUGAAAGGGACUGUUCUUGUGGGCGGAGGAGCUCUGGCCACUGUUUUGGGACUCUCUCAGUUUGCUCAUUACAGAAGGAAGCAAGUGAGCCUGGCAUAUGUGGAGGCAGCAGAAUGCAUCACGGAGCCUGUGAACAGGGAGCCUCCUUCCAGAGAGGCUCAGCUCAUGACUCUGAAGAACACCUCGGAGUUUGACAUCCUUGUUAUCGGAGGUGGCGCCACCGGAAGUGGCUGUGCACUGGACGCUGUCACCAGAGGACUGAAAACAGCCCUUGUAGAGAGAGAUGACUUCUCAUCGGGGACCAGCAGCAGAAGCACUAAAUUGAUCCAUGGUGGUGUGCGAUAUCUCCAGAAGGCUGUCAUGAACUUGGAUGUUGAGCAGUAUAGGAUGGUGAAAGAAGCCCUCCACGAACGUGCCAACUUACUAGAAAUCGCUCCCCAUUUAUCAGCUCCGUUGCCUAUAAUGCUUCCGAUUUACAAGUGGUGGCAGUUACCUUAUUACUGGGUGGGAAUCAAGAUGUAUGAUCUGGUUGCAGGAAGUCAUUGCCUGAAGAGCAGUUACGUCCUCAGCAAAUCCAGAGCACUUGAGCAUUUCCCUAUGCUCCAGAAGGACAAGCUGGUAGGAGCCAUUGUCUACUAUGAUGGACAACACAACGACGCACGGAUGAACCUUGCCAUUGCCCUCACUGCUGCCAGGUAUGGGGCUGCCACUGCCAAUUACAUGGAGGUGGUGAGCCUGCUCAAGAAGAAAGACCCCGAAACUGGGAAGGAGCGUGUGAGCGGCGCGCGGUGCAAGGAUGUCCUCACAGGGCAGGAGUUUGACGUGAGAGCCAAAUGUGUCAUCAAUGCCACCGGCCCCUUCACAGACUCCGUGCGCAAAAUGGACGAUAACAGUGCUGCCCCCAUCUGCCAGCCCAGUGCGGGCGUCCACAUUGUGAUGCCCGGGUACUAUAGCCCUGAGAACAUGGGACUUCUUGACCCUGCAACCAGUGAUGGAAGAGUUAUUUUCUUCUUGCCUUGGGAGAAGAUGACAAUUGCUGGCACUACUGACACACCAACUGACAUCACACCACACCCUAUUCCUUCUGAAGAAGACAUCAACUUCAUCUUGAAUGAAGUACGGAACUACUUGAGCUGUGACGUUGAAGUGAGAAGAGGGGAUGUCCUGGCAGCAUGGAGCGGUAUUCGUCCCCUCGUUACCGAUCCCAACUCUGCAGACACACAAUCUAUCUCACGAAAUCAUGUUGUGGAUGUCAGUGAGAGUGGCCUAAUCACAAUAGCAGGAGGGAAAUGGACGACGUAUCGUUCUAUGGCAGAAGACACUGUGAAUGCAGCGAUCAAGAUUCACAACCUGAAAGCAGGGCCGAGUAGGACUGUUGGGCUGUUCCUUCAAGGAGGCAAAGAUUGGAGCCCCACACUCUACAUCAGGCUUGUCCAAGACUACGGGCUUGAGAGCGAGGUGGCACAGCAUCUCGCUACCACCUAUGGUGACAAGGCUUUCGAGGUGGCCAAAAUGGCAAGUGUGACUGGAAAACGAUGGCCUGUCGUUGGUGUGCGUCUUGUGUCAGAAUUUCCAUACAUUGAAGCAGAGGUGAAAUAUGGGAUUAAGGAAUAUGCCUGCACCGCAGUUGACAUGAUUUCACGUCGCACCCGCCUGGCAUUCCUCAAUGUCCAGGCUGCAGAGGAAGCCCUGCCCAGGAUUGUUGAAUUGAUGGCCAGAGAACUGAACUGGAGUGAACUGAAGAAACAGGAAGAACUUGAAACGGCCACAAAGUUUCUGUACUAUGAAAUGGGCUAUAAGUCUCGAACAGAACAACUCACAGAUCGUACUGAAAUUUGUCUGCUGCCUUCAGACAUUGAUAGGUACAAGAAACGAUUUCAUAAGUUUGAUGCAGAUGAAAAAGGCUUCAUUACUAUUGUUGAUGUUCAGCGUGUUCUAGAGAGUAUCAACAUACAGAUGGAUGAAAACACACUCCAUGAAAUUCUCAAUGAAGUCGAUUUGAACAAAAACGGACAAGUUGAGCUCAAUGAAUUUCUGCAGCUGAUGAGUGCAAUUCAGAAAGGAAGGGUGUCUGGAAGCCGCCUUGCCAUCCUGAUGAAAACUGCUGAGGAGAACUUGGACCGCAGAGUUCCGAUUCCUGUGGAUCGUAGCUGUGGAGGAUUGUGAGUCUGACCAGUAUAUCCACAGCUGGCACUAUGUUCCGACCAGAGAUGACUUAAACCACUCUAAAAUAGUGCCUAUGAUAGCUGCAUUUUUUUUUAAUAAACAAAAAAACAAAACAAAACGCAAAAAAGCCCUGGAAAACAUUCCAAAACUUUUAAGAGGUUGGUGUAUUUGCCAGCUUAAUUUGCCAAUCCUGUAUUUGUAUUUGUCAUUCAGUCUAGCUUCUGAAAAGUGUUAUUCUCAUUUUUAGCGCACAUCGAUUUUAAUGUUUUGUAUCCAUUCUGUAACCCACUCUGCCUUUCCAUUCAUGCAUUUGAAUCGGUUUCAGAGGCGGACUCUGAACAGAUUGGAAAGAAGCUAGGGAGAUUUUGUGAGCACCAGAGCUCUGGAGCUUGAGCUUAUAGUUCGCAUUUUAUUUUAUUUUUUUUUCCAGAAAAGCAUCUGACCUAUUGACACAAAAAAGAGAGGUCCGGAGACUUCUCAGCCCUUGCUACCUACCCCCUCCCUAAUAAUACUGCUCCCUUUUCUGUCUAGAGCAACUCUAGUUCAUCCGGAGAGGGAAGACAAAAGUUUAGAUCUGGUUGAGAUUUGGUUACAUUUCUAAAAGAGAAACUCUGAAAGCUUCCAGAAUCGCAGGAGUAAGAUAAAGACAGCACUGACAUUUGCCGGGAGGUACAGUGAUAGUUGCUUCUCAGCAGUUCAUUUUUUUUCCCCCAGGCACUGCUGGCUUUCUUUGACUAUUAUAGUUGCCAGAAAAAUCCUUGCUUUUUUUACUUUAAAACCAGCAUUUGAGUGGCAAGUUGGAUAUAAUGGGAUGGGACCAAAUCUUUCCAUUCCCCAUGGGAGGAAUGAUAUAACACAAUUUUCAAUCCCACAAGUCCUGGAUCUUGCGGUGUUGUCAUGCCUGCCCUUGUUGGGGUGUGCAGCAGUAGUGCUAUUUGCAAAAAGGUAACAAUAAAAAGAAAUUGGACAGACUUUUGUUAACCUUAAUUAUAACAUUAGAAUAAGGUAGGCCACUUUACUAUCCGAAAUCAGUUUGUUUGCCAAAAGCCUUUCUCUCUAAGUACCCAAUGGGAAAUUUUCAUUCUACCAAAAAUAAAUCAAAGAAAGACACCAGA